ACGUCAACCCGUAAAUAAAUGUCAUCGGUUGGUUGUGUGCAACUGGUACUAGUUUUGGUGAUCAAUUUUUCAUCAUUUUCUACCGUUUAUUAAAUUAUUGAGUCGCUAAAAAUGAUUUACUUUUAACGAUUCAUCCUAUCGCCACGCUGCUGCAGUGUUUGAACCGUAGACUUACACGCAAAUCUGCAUUUAAAACGGUAAGCCCGAAGCAACAUUACCCCUCAAUAGCUGUGCCCGCCGAAUGACGUGGAGAAAACAGCACAGUCCCAAAUACUGCAGCGCUUUUCCGGACGAGUACGGCAAACAAAACUAGAUUUGGGUGUGAUUCUAGCGGACCACUGUAGCGAACAAAAUGUUUGAAAUUACCGACACACAGAAAAUCGGAGUCGGGUUGGCUGGCUUCGGGAUCACGUUUCUGUUCCUGGGCAUGCUUUUACUGUUCGACAAAGGAUUGCUAGCGAUAGGAAAUAUACUGUUCGUGUGCGGUCUGGCGUGCGUGAUUGGGCUCGAGCGAACGUUUCGCUUCUUCUUCCAGAAGCACAAAGUGAAGGCAUCGAUUUCGUUCUUCGGCGGCAUCGCGAUCGUACUGUUCGGCUACCCGCUGAUCGGGAUGCUCAUCGAGAUGUACGGGUUCAUACUGCUGUUCAGUGGGUUCUUCCCGGUGGCCAUAAACUUCCUGCGACGGGUACCGGUGCUAGGGAACAUCCUGAACAUGCCCGGCAUUAGCAGGACCGUCGACUGGUUGGCGGGCGAAUCGGACCGAACGACGGGCAAUGGUUACUCCAACUGAAGUAAGAAAGGCACACAAUCCCUACUACUGGCCUACUUGACCAGCAAUCGAACAAGGUGGAACACGCACUCGAAAGGGAUCUACCGGCAGUGACAGUGUGUAAGAGCGAGAGAGCGUGUGUGUGUGUGUGUUUGUGCGUAUGCGUGUCUCUGUCUCGUCGUCCUUUUGCUCGACAGUGUGUAGCCUAAAAAUAAAUGAUCACUCGUGCUUGUCCUACGAAUAUCGUUUUGUCGGAUGUCCGUUACGUCCACCGCCACCACCACCAGCCAACAGACUGCGUUACUAAGUAUUUUAAGAUGUUUUUGAUUUUUAUUGGUAGUUUUUCGUCAUUAGUUUACUUCCCUUUUUCCGCAUGGCAUGUUCGUCGUAACACCUGCCUGCAUGCUGCAAAAAAAUGUCUUUCUCUUUAACGUCUAAUGCGCAGAGCUUGCUAGGAAACUCUUUCUCUCUCUCUCUCUCUCUCUUUCUCUCAUCACUCCUGCUCUAUCUACACAUAUGGAACGAUCGCGAAUAAAACAUCGCGAUCGCGUGGUUCGGGGGCUUUUUGUUCGGUUUUACAAAGGAUAAGGUCGUAAGGGUGGGAUGAAGCAUCAGUUCAAGUUAACAGCGGCGUAGUUGUUGAGUGGUUUGAGUCGUUUGCCGU